UGCCCCACAGGGUACACUGGGAAAGAGUGUGAGAUACUUUGUCACUGCAAGAACCAGUCUUGUGAUGUUAACGGCUACUGCACUAAAGGUUCCCACUGUGACGUAGGCUGGUUUGGCCCGGCGUGUCAGUACCGUAAGUUGAACAGUUUAUGCACUUACAUAAUUUCAAAAUUAUGAAACAAAAUUGUAUUCAUUAAAAUGAAAGCGGGAAUAAAUCAAUGUAAAUAUCAAACAUAUCAUUAAACUGGAAGUUGUGCUGCUGGUCACGAUGCUUCACAUCAGAGACAAAUGUUCCUAAAGAGAGAUCUUUAUUUCAUUAUAGUCGCCUAAAAUCGAUCCAUUUUUGUUUUGUUUUGUGUUCUUAAACUCUUAUCAGCAAUUCUUCUGUUAAGUAUCAGUGUGUGUGUGUCUGUGUGUGUCUGACGUAUUUAUAUUCAUACCUUUUUCAAGUUAGCAGUGUCACACAUAAAUUGGUGCCCCGUGUCAAUAAAUUUAACCUCAAACAUUCCAGGUAAUAUUGCAAGCACGGCCAUGGGACUCAAUGAACUACUGAAAGACAACAAUGACACAACGUGUUACAAGAAUGAAAAGAAAAAUAUUGAAGUGAAAUUUCAUUGGCCGGUGGUAUUCACGUGGGCCAGGGUU